AUGGGCGCAGCAUCUCAAAGCGAGUCAGGCGAGCGCACGGUUGUGAAGCAGGGCGCCCGCAGGGCGUCUAUGCUGGAGAUUUUGGGCCUGAAGGGCAACUUCAGCCACCUGAACUUGAAGGACCCCUUCAACGUGAAAAAGCUUGGCUCCAGCUACACCACCGAGAUCCGUGCUGGCUUGACAACGUUUUUGGCCAUGGCCUACAUUCUUCCGGUGAACAGUGGCAUGCUCAGUCUCGCUGUGCCGGACAUGAAGGAACAGCUGGUGUGUGCCACGGCUCUAGCAGCCUUCUGUGGCUGUUGGCUGAUGGGCAUCCUCUCCAACUUCCCUUUCAUGCUUGCGCCAGGCAUGGGCACCAACGCCUACUUCACCUUCAGCAUCGUCUUGGGCCGGGGCCUCCCAUGGCAAGCCGCCUUUGCGGCUGUCUUCGUGGCUGGCUGCCUCUUCACGUUGCUGAGCGUCACGGGCAUGCGCACGCUGCUGAUCCGGCUCUUCCCCGAAGGCAUCAAGGAGAUCAUCGGCGCGGGCGUCGGGCUCUUCCUGACCUUCAUCGCUUUCCAGAGUGCCGAGGGCAUGGGCUUCUCUGUGGCAGAUCCCGCCACGUUGGUGAAGCUCGGGUCUCUGAGCUCCGACUCCUAUGACUCGGCGAAGAUGUGGUUGAGCCUCGCAGUGCUGGUGAUCACUGCGAGCUUGCUGGCGGCCAAGGUCCCGGGUGCUCCCUUGAUCGGCAUCGUGCUGGGAACCGUCAUCUGCUGGAUCGAGGGCUGGGCGCACGGCACGGAGGGCACCGUCUUCGGCUACCCCUUCGGCACCGGAGGCGACAGCUCCGCCAAGGACUUCCACAUCUACGUGCCCACCGGCAUCGUGGCCAAGCCGUCUCUUGAAGGCCUUGCUGGUGCUUUGUUCGAAGGCUUUGACUGGGCUUUCCACCCGGACACCAGCAGCACCUUCUGGACGGCUGUGGCUACGUUCUGCUACACCGACCUGCUCGACUCCUCCGGGACCUUCUUCGCCGUGGCGAAGGUCGCCGGGCUCACGGACAGCCGGGGCAACCUGCCGCUUGCGCGCCAGAACAUGGCGUACCUGGCCGACGCGCUGGCCAUGAUGCCGUACUGUGAUGGCCAGUCCGUCCUGAAGGUUGGCUCCGUGCUGGGCGUCUCCACAGUGAGCACCUUCGCCGAGUCGACGGCAGGGGUGGCGGAUGGAGCCAAGACUGGCUUGGCCUCGCUGGUGACAGGCAGCUGCUUCUUGCUGGCCAUCCCCUUCUCCCCGAUCGUCUCGGCCGUUCCUCCGCUGGCUUCCGGGCCCAUCCCGUGCCUCCUGGGCGCCAUGAUGUGCAGCUCCGUGAAGGGCGUGGACUGGGAUGACUUCCAGGAGUCUUUGCCGGCUUUCGUGGCCAUGAUCACCAUGCCGUUCACGUUCAGCAUCGGCUACGGCAUCAUCGCCGGCUUGGGCCUCUGGAUCUCCAUCCAGCUCUUGCUUGCACCCCUGAGGCUCUACCGUGGUGAGAGCCCCAUGGUGCGAGUUCACAAGCUUUGGGGCUCCGCGUUCGUGGAGGGCGACGAGGAGGAGAAGAGCAGCGGCAAGGGUACUCCUAGCACCAUCACCCCCGGCCAGUCCUUCGGAGGCCGCGCGGCACCAGACAUCACCAGACGGCCUGUGGAGCGGGUGAGCAAGGCACCUGAGCAAGCUCCGCUCUGGAUCCUCUGUGCUCAUCUCACGAUGGGCGCAGCAUCUCAAAGCGAGUCAAGCGAGCGCACGGUGGUGAAGCAGGGCGCCCGCAGGGCGUCUAUGCUGGAGAUUUUGGGCCUGAAGGGCAACUUCAGCCACCUGAACUUGAAGGACCCCUUCAACGUGAAAAAGCUUGGCUCCAGCUACACCACCGAGAUCCGUGCUGGCUUGACAACGUUUUUGGCCAUGGCCUACAUUCUUCCGGUGAACAGUGGCAUGCUCAGUCUCGCUGUGCCGGACAUGAAGGAACAGCUGGUGUGUGCCACGGCUCUGGCGGCCUUCUGCGGCUGUUGGCUGAUGGGCAUCCUCUCCAACUUCCCUUUCAUGCUUGCGCCAGGCAUGGGCACCAACGCCUACUUCACCUUCAGCAUCGUCUUGGGCCGGGGCCUCCCAUGGCAAGCCGCCUUUGCGGCUGUCUUCGUGGCCGGCUGCCUCUUCACGCUGCUGAGCGUCACGGGCAUGCGCACGCUGCUGAUCCGGCUCUUCCCCGAAGGCAUCAAGGAGAUCAUCGGCGCGGGCGUCGGGCUCUUCCUGACCUUCAUCGCUUUCCAGAGUGCCGAGGGCAUGGGCUUCUCUGUGGCAGAUCCCGCCACGUUGGUGAAGCUCGGGUCUCUGAGCUCCGACUCCUAUGACUCGGCGAAGUUGUGGUUGAGCCUCGCAGUGCUGGUGAUCACUGCGAGCCUGCUGGCGGCCAAGGUCCCGGGUGCUCCCUUGAUCGGCAUCGUGCUGGGAACCGUCAUCUGCUGGAUCGAGGGCUGGGCGCACGGCACGGAGGGCACCGUCUUCGGCUACCCCUUCGGCACCGGAGGCGACAGCUCCGCCAAGGACUUCCGCAUCUACGUGCCCACCGGCAUCGUGCCACGGCAGCAGACAGCAGGCAGAGCAAGCGCCACCUGCGCGGAAGUGGCCAAGCCGUCUCUUGAAGGCCUUGCUGGUGCUUUGUUCGAAGGCUUUGACUGGGCUUUCCACCCGGACACCAGCAGCACGUUCUGGACGGCUGUGGCUACGUUCUGCCACCUGGCUUGCGCUUUUGUUGAAGCUGCGCUGCUGAAGGGUUCUCUCGCUUUCGGAGCAAUCCACGGCUACACCGACCUGCUCGACUCCUCCGGGACCUUCUUCGCCGUGGCGAAGGUCGCCGGGCUCACGGACAGCCGGGGCAACCUGCCGCUUGCGCGCCAGAACAUGGCGUACCUGGCCGAUGCGCUGGCCAUGAUGGUUGGCUCCGUGCUGGGCGUCUCCACAGUGAGCACCUUCGCCGAGUCGACAGCCGGGGUGGCGGAUGGAGCCAAGACUGGCCUGGCCUCGCUGGUGACAGGCAGCUGCUUCUUGCUGGCCAUCCCCUUCUCCCCGAUCGUCUCGGCCGUUCCUCCGCUGGCUUCCGGGCCCAUCCUGUGCCUCCUGGGCGCCAUGAUGUGCAGCUCCGUGAAGGGCGUGGACUGGGAUGACUUCCAGGAGUCUCUGCCGGCUUUCGUGGCCAUGAUCACCAUGCCGUUCACGUUCAGCAUCGGCUACGGCAUCAUCGCCGGCUUGGGCCUCUGGAUCUCCAUCCAGCUCUUGCUUGCACCCCUGAGGCUCUACCGUGGCGAGAGCCCCAUGGUGCGAGUUCACAAGCUUUGGGGCUCCGCGUUCGUGGAGGGCGACGAGGAGGAGAAGAUCAGCGGCAAGGGUACUCCUAGCACCAUCACCCCCAGCCAGUCCUUCGGCGAGGAGGUUUGA